GUCAUAUGAUUUUCUUUUUCCCCAGAAUUCUGCUGCUCUUUCUGAUUCAAUGCCACCUAUUCCCAGGACCCUUGCUUGGUAACUCAAGGUUAUAGGUGAAUAUCUCCUUUACCCAUCCUGUUUACAAAUGAGCAUACAUUACUGUAGUGUCAAGAAAUUUAUGCAACACGCUGUGUUGGGAAAUGUAAGGCUACAGCAUUAGUGAGGUAUCAUCCCUGUUCUUAGGAGUUAAUCUAGUGGGAGAGAGAGAUACACAGACAACUAAUUACAUUACAAAGAAGGAAGAAAAAGUGCUGUGGUUAAAGUCUGAAAAAAAUGCUGUGGUUGUAGAGUGAAAGGAAUAAUUCAUUCUAACUGAGAGGAUGAGGAACAAAGAAGGAAAGAAACUAAUAUCUGUUGAGAGCUUAAAAGGUGCCAAGGGCAGGGCCAGAGCUUUCCCGAGGCUUUGAGAGGAAGUUCCCUUUACACAGAGCCAGCGGGUGUUUGGGGCUAUCCUGAGAAGGCAUGAGGUCAAGAGGCAAGAAGCUGAUGGGAGAAACAUCCUCUCUUUCUCCUCCUGGAGAGAUGAGGGCUGGAACAAGGAGCAGUGAGGACUUGAGAAGGCUUGGAUGGAAAUGAGGCACCUGUUGAAGGGAAAAAAGAUCCAACCAUCUAGAAAUAGUUGAAGGCAGCUGAGAAAACGUGAAGCCAUUAUGAGUUGCCAGAAAGCUGCACUUGAGUUAAACACAGGCUCACAGCCUGGGCCAAAGAGCCCUGAGAGAACAGAAGAUGUAACUGCAUUUGAAGACUAUGGCACAGGCCUGCUUGAAAACCAACUCAGCGUGUGUGACUUUGUAAAAAUACAGAAGGCCUUUGAGUCCCCAGAGCCAAGGAAAAUCAUUUGUAUGUCCAGAGAAGACUUUACACAGAAGAUGACAGAGAUUGUUGGUUGGGGCACGAAGGAAGAAUACGGGGAGCUCUUUGACAAAGUGGAUGUGGCCCAAGACGGCUUCAUUAAUUGGGAGAAGCUGACUUCCUUUAUACUGCUAGAGCUUAACAAGCAAGAUGAACGAGCAAAGGCAACUGUGGUGCCCCAGUGGAAGGACCUGGAAUUCCUCCCAGUAAAACACAAGGACAACAUUCAAAAAGUAAUUUUCUUAAAAAGUUCAAGUCAUUAUCUGACGAUUAGUAAAGAAGGUUUAUUAGCAAUCUGGGGAGAGAAUUUAAAGCUGCAAGAAACAUUCCCCAUCACUUCAGAUGCCACCAAGCUCAAACACCUGUGGGUGACAAGCCUGGUUUCUCUGGAAAAUGUAAACAAGAUAGCGGUGGCUUUUACAAGUAAAGAGAUUUGUUUCUAUGAUCUGCUGUCCAAAGAAGAAUUUGCUUGCCAGUACAAACUCCAAGGCCUGAAAGGAACACCAAUUUGCAUGGAUUAUUGGUAUGAUCCUCUUGAUGCCAAUGAAUCAAUUCUUUCUUUUGGGGAUAUAACUGGAAAGGUUCAAGCGAUUGCUUUCACAGCAGCCUUGAUUUCCCUGUUUGAACGGCCUGCUAGUGCAUGUGAAGAUGGAGAAGCCACUAUGACCAUUAACUGGGCAGAGCUGCUCUCUGGAUGUCACAAAUGUUGCGACAUAUUAGAGCAUAAACUUCAUCAAGGAGACUGGGUCAGGCAAGUUACUUACAAUGCAUCUUUAGAUGCUAUCAUUUCCAGUACAACCAGCAAUACAAAUAGCGUGGUGCUAGCUUGGAGAGAGAAAUCAAAAAAGCAUCUUCAUAUGACAUCCUUCAACAUUGCCCAGGGCAUUCAUGCUUUUGAUUAUCACGCUCGGCUCAAUUUAAUUGCAACUGCUGGCAUUAACAAUAAAGUUUGCCUUUGGAAUCCCUAUGUUGUCUCUAAACCAGUGGGUGUCCUUUGGGGCCACUCAGCCAGUGUAAUAGCCGUCCAAUUCUUUGUGGAAAGAAAACAACUUUUCAGCUUCUCCAAGGAUAAAUUUCUGUUUCUUAGAAGGGUCCGUACUGAACAAGACAGGAUUUUGAAUAAUGAAGGCAUGACUAUCAUUAGUAAUGUUUUGAGACUCUGGGAUAUUCAACACCAGCUGUCCAUCCAGAGGAUAGCUUGUUCUUUCCCCGAAAGUCAGGACUUCAGAUGUCUCUUCCACUUUGAUGAAGCUCAUGGACGACUUUUCAUCUCAUUUAAUAACCGGCUAGCAUUGUUGGCAAUGAAAAGUGAUGCCAGCAAGAGGGUGAAAAGCCAUGAGAAAGCAGUCACUUGUGUUCUUUACAAUUCUAUCCUGAAGCAGGUAAUCAGCUCUGAUACAGGGUCUACUGUUUCCUUCUGGAUGAUAGACACUGGGCAGAAAAUCAAACAGUUUACUGGUUGCCAUGGCAACGCAGAAAUCAGCACCAUGGCCCUUGAUGCAAAUGAGACUCGGCUUUUGACUGGCAGCACAGAUGGAACUGUAAAGAUAUGGGACUUCAAUGGAUAUUGUCACCAUACACUGAAUGUUGGGCAAGAUGGAGCUGUGGAUAUUUCACAAAUCCUCAUUCUUAAGAAGACAAUACUGGUUACAGGCUGGGAGAGGUAUGAUUAUGCCUCAUGGAAAACUAUAGGAAGGGCUAUUACUGUGUUUCGACCCCAAAACUUCAAUCAAUUUUUCAUCCAGCCUGAAGAAUGGAAAGGAGGCAUACAGCACCAUCAUGACAUCUUAUGUGCUGCGUUUUUACCUCCACAAACUGUUGUUACAGGGAGUUAUGAUGGAGAAAUUGUUCUAUGGAACAGUAGCACAGAGAGUGCUCAUCAUGUUCUUCACCCUGAUUACCAGAGGUUGCUAAAGUCAAAAUUAGAUACAAAACCUCAAAAACUUCUUAGUGCUGGGAGAAGCCACUCCACCCACCCCGUGGCAGACCAAUCUACCAUGGGAGUCCGCAACUUUGAGAUUGACACUGAGGGCAAAAAUGCUGUUAUGAGGCUUUGCUUCCUCAAAGUAAGAAAAAACACUGCAGUGACAGGAGGCGCUAACCUGGUAUCAUGUGGAGGAUCUGGUUAUGUCAGAUUUUGGGAUAUAUAUAAGAAGCAACUUCUGGCUGAAUUUUUGGCUCAUAGUGGAGCUGGAACGAUUAUUAUGUCUACUGAUAAGAUGAAUCGAUACCUUACCACAGGAGAUCUUGAUGGAUGGUUGAAAAUCUGGAAUAUAGAGGAGUACUGUCUUAAUUCCAGUAAGAACAAAAUCACAAAGGCCCCAACUCUGAUAAGAUCAUUCCAACCUCAUGAGGACCGGAUAAGUUCCUUAGAGAUGUGUGAGCCGGGUGGUCAGUUACUGAUUAUCUCCUCCUCUGCAGACUGCAGCAUUUGUGUGACUGGUGUCUGCAAUGCUCCUGUUUGGAUCUUUGGUCAGGCAAAGCACUGGCAUAUUGAAAACUACCUUUUCCUUCCUAAAAGAGAUACUAAUUUAGUGGAAAAUGAUAUUCAAAAGGAAAUUUCUUUAUUUUCUAAGGAGGAAUCUUGUUUAGACCCAACAGAACAUUCUCUACUUAACAAGAAAAACAAAGAUGACUCAACAUACAAUGUCAGACCAUCAGAAGAUAUAAAUUUAGGCAUAAAAUAUAAGGAAAGAAGUACCUGCAUGAAAGAAACACAAAAACCUUAUUAUGGUGAAGUUAUAAAAAAAUCAUUCAGUGCAUUUAGGUCAUUAAGCAUUGGAGUCCUGGAAGAGCUGCCGGAAGUGAAUAAACCUGCUUUCCUUCUAGACCCUGAGAAAUACUUUAGGGAAGAGCCAGAGGAGGAGCGUCCCCAAAUUCCAGAGGCCCCGUCACUUUUUGAAACUUUGAAAGCUGUAUUUGAUGAGAAAAACCUGUUUCCCAAGGAAAUUCUGGAUCAUGAACGAAAAGCCAAGCAAUUAUGCCAAGAAAAAAGUUGUGAAGUGAAGAAAAAUAAGAAGUAAUUAUAAUAGAAAAAACUUCAUCGUCACGUAAAGUACAUAUAUAAAAUGCAGAAAAAGCAUCAAGAAUUCUGCCUUUUAUUUUAUAUUUGAACUUCAGGAAGUUUUG